UACUUUUUCUUAUUAGUUCUACAUUCUAAAGUGAUGAUGUAAAAUUGUUGUUGUAUUUUUGUUUAAUUCUUCUCACCCCUACUAUAAACCCCACGCCCGGCUCCGGCGAGACCCAACACAACAGCUCGGCGGUCCGGCUCCGGCAAGACCCUCUGAAGGGAGCGGAAAAAUGGGCAUGUCGGCGGCAAGCUCUGUCAAUGAAGCUAUGAAAUUGUGCAUAUUUGAUUUGAGAAGGGGACAACAUGAAGGGCAGGAGUUGGACAAGAUUUUAUUUUUCUUUCCUGCUGAUUUGCCUUUCCCAACCCAACUCUCUGUGAUAGGGCUUAGUGAAGGGCUCAUAACAUUCACCAGGAUAUUCUCCCCAGAGGCUCCGUGUGAGGUUAUUGACGCAGAGAUGCACUCACAUGUUUUCUAUGAGGCAGAACGUGAUAUUUGGAUGGUGAUGGUGGUGGAGAAAAGUGAGUCAGAAGCCAUAUGGCGGACUGAUGCUUUACGAAAUGUUCUUAAAGAAGUUCACUCUCUCUUUGUGAUGUUUCACGGGUCCAUCAGAGCAUUACUCGAUAGAGAACCGAGUGGAGGGCUUACCAGGACGCAUUUGUAUUAUUUUGUUAUGGAUUAUUUAAGUGCAUUUGAAAAGCGACCUUCAUUGGAAUUGUGCUGCUGGGAUUUUCUUUCUGGCAAGAAGCUUCACUUGCCAAAUUUCCGUGACUGUCUGAAGGAGCGUGGAAAAGUACAGAUGUUGACUAUUGGGAGGGAAGCAGCACUUGAAGUUCAGUCACUAGUAAGAGUGCUAGAAUCGUGUGCCGGCUGCACACAGUGCUACUCACUGAUCAUGUUCCAGGACCUGCUGGUUUCCACAACUCUUUCUCCUGAUGACUUGAUUAACCUAUUCACCUAUACUGUCAUGAGGUUGACCCCAAAUGCUCUGUCUGCUGGUGCUGGCUCCUGGUCCUAUUUACGCAAAGGAAGCUCUACUUCUAAUGCUUCUGGUUCAUUAUUGGCAAGCUCUACCUCUGUCCUGGACCGGUACUACAGCUCACGGGAUACUUCUCCAGUUGGAGUUCGUAGCUAUCAGGUUGUUAGGCCCUUACAGCAUGACAAAUGGUCCAAGGGGAAGGAUGUUUUCCUUGUUACUGAUAUCUGGGGCACAGAAGUUGGCAGCUUGAGUCCCAGCAGUCCAACAAUUUGGCUUAAGCAAACAGAGGAGAGGAUGUAUCUUUGUGCUUUUCAGCAUAGGAGCCUCACCAUAAUACUUUUCAUUCCCGUCACAUCCGUACACAAUGGAGAGCAAGGGUUAUCGGUGGUGAAGCAGCAAAUUCUGGAGAAUGCAUCACCCAAGAUAUUCAAAGUUGAAGAGAAACUAUCUAGAGGAUGGGGUGGCGAGAAUGCAUAUCAUGUGAGUGGUUACCGCUACUUACUUGUAGACGGUGAUAGAUGCAUCUCUCGGGCAUCUCCGCCUGGAAAAGUAACAACUCUUACAAAGGAUUCUUUAGUUGCAAUGAAUAAGCUCCGAGAAGAGGUUGACUUAGAAAAGAGCAGAGCUAAAUGUGAUGGAUCGGACUGCGAGAAAGACCAAGAAAUUUGUAUUAGAGCAAAAAAUGGUGCUUGGGUGAUUUCGCGGGUGACACGAGGGAAGGAGCUCUAUAUGGUACUUGAGAAAGCCAAUGAGACCCUUCUUUAUGCCUCUGAAGCUGUUGAAAAGUUCAGUGACAGGUAUUGCAGUGGCGCUUUUUCUUUGUAAGAGGGAAACUAGAUUUUGGUAUUGCCGAGACACAGGAUUCAUACAAAAGACAUAGCUACAUAUCUUAUGUUGUUGUUAAUUCAACUUUGUUUGUACUGUUUAUAAAUAAAUAAAAACUUGAUCCUCUCCUCUUCCACUUGGAAAAUCUAAAUCACUUGUAUAGUUUAUGCAUUUUUUCUCCCUAUAUUAUUAAUCCUUGCAUUA